UGGCUAUUGAUUUUCCCAAGGUCCAUUGUGAGGUCGCUACAGCUAGAAACUGAUUUGUUUCCAAAGAGAUACUGGGAGUUAUCAAGUUAUAAAGCGACUUCAAUUGUAUUAAGGCAAUACUUUCUCCAAGUCAUGUUGGAUACUAUGAUCGCAAGAUUCUUUCAAGCCGAGGCAAAAAGGAGCAGCGUCUCUCUGGUUUGGCUUCGACCAUGUGUCAUAGUCUGGUUCAUCCACUUGCCAACCGUGAAUUUCACUUGUACAAUUAAUAUUAUCUACAUUAUCUGCUCGUGUGAGUAUUGUUUUGAAACUUAAACUCUAUUGGCAAUCCAUUAAGUAUUGUAGUAAUGUCCAUCCAUCCCAACUUUUAAAAGAGAAUAGGUGUUGUAGUACUCUCAAAAUUACCAUUGAGUUACCACAAGGUCCAACAACAACCCAAAAAAAAAAAAAAAAAAAAAAAGAGUUACAAGCCACAAGGUAACAAUAAGGUGACGUGCAAAAAGCAACCAGUUAGCGUUGUUUGAGGGUACACAACAAUGAUGAUAUGCAAUGUGUGGGUGUCAGCAUGUAUAUAAGCAAAGGCCAUCCAAGCCUGUAGUCUUUGUUUCUCUUGAAAGACACCUCAUCAUCUUCCCUUGGGUUCCACCCUUUAUAUGUCUGAAGCUUGAAAUUUGUGAUCAGCUUCCAAUUUAAGUGAUUUAGAAACCUCGCAUUGCCUAAUUUGGGCACUGCAUAAUCUAGCAGUGCCCAUGGACGCCUCGACGAGUGGAACUUCCAGUGUUCAAUACCAUAACAUUGCUGAACAACCGAUUGCUACUAUUGUAACCUCCCCUGUCUCGACAUUUCAAAGACAAGUGCGGCACUGCUUUGGGAAUGAGACUCCUGGCGAAUUCCCAUUGUCAGCCAACCCAUCUAUCGUUCUUCAUGUGCUUACUGGAUGUAAUUUGGAUCCACAGGACCUUUCAACUCUAGAGGCUACAUGCUCUUUCUUUCGGCAGCCUGCAAACUUUGCACCUGAUAAUGAGCUCUCUUUAGCAGAGCUGGCAGCUCUUGAUAUGUGCCGAAAAAGAGCUAUAUUUAAGCCAAUGACUCUGGAGCAACGUCAAGAUCUGAAGGAAAGAUGUGGGGGCUCCUGGAAGCUUGUUCUAAGAUUCCUGCUAGCUGGAGAAGCAUGUUCCAGGCGGGAAAAAUCACAAGCAGUAGCUGGCCCUGGUCAUAGUGUCGCUGUGAGUUCAAAAGGAGUUGUGUACUCAUUUGGGUCUAACAGCUCAGGGCAGCUUGGAAAUGGAACCAUAGAGGAGGAAUGGCGACCUCACCCAAUUAGAUCCCUUCAAGGCAUUCGCAUUAUUCAGGCAGCUGUAGGGGCUGGCAGGACUAUGUUGAUCAGUGACACAGGGAAGGUGUAUGCAUUUGGCAAAGAUUCAUUUGGCGAAGCUGAGUAUGGUGUCCAAGGAAAUAAAGUAGUGACAACUCCUCAGCUGGUAGAAUCUUUAAAAGACAUCUUUGUUGUACAAGCUGCAAUUGGGAAUUUCUUCACUGCAGUAUUAUCAAGAGAAGGAAGGGUUUAUACAUUCUCUUGGGGAAAUGAAACUAAACUUGGUCAUCAAACUGAGCAAGCUGAUCUGGAACCCCGUCCAUUAUUAGGUGCAUUAGAGAAUAUUCCGGUGGUGCAAAUUGCAGCAGGAUAUUGCUACCUUCUUGCUCUGGCUUGUCAACCUGGUGGCAUGUCUGUAUAUUCUGUUGGCUGUGGAUUGGGUGGAAAGCUUGGUCAUGGAACACGUACAGAUGAAAAAGUCCCGAGGUUAAUUGAACGAUUUCAGACUUUGAGUAUUCAACCUGCAGUUGUUGCAGCUGGGGCUUGGCAUGCUGCUGUUGUUGGGAAAGAUGGAAGGGUCUGCACAUGGGGUUGGGGCCGUUAUGGGUGCUUGGGUCAUGGUAAUGAAGAUUGUGAAUCAGCUCCUAAGGUAGUGGAAGCACUAAGCAACGUAAAGGCUGUUUAUGUUGCUACAGGGGACUAUACAACAUUUGUGGUUUCUGAUGAUGGGAACGUUUAUUCAUUUGGUUGUGGAGAAUCAUCUAGUCUAGGACAUAAUACUGAUGCAGUUGAAGCACAGGGCAACAGGCACUCAAAUGUUUUAUUCCCCGAGGUUGUAACAUCAUUGAAGCAGCUGAAUGAAAGAGUGGUGCAGAUAAGUCUCACUAAUUCAAUAUACUGGAAUGCCCACACAUUUGCAUUGACAGAAUCUGGUAAGCUUUAUGCAUUUGGUGCGGGCGAUAAAGGGCAGCUGGGUGUGGAGCUCAGUGCUAACCAAACCGAAAGGGCAAUUCCGGAGCGGGUUGACAUUGAUCUCAGUUGAAUAUAGAUUAUUCAUGCUCAUUCACAUAUUUAUGCAUUACUAGUUUAUCAUUCUGAUUAACCUCAUCAUGCAUUUAUGUGUCGUUUACAUUUCUAUCUGUAAAUAGAAACAAAUGAUUGUGAAGAAGCAUAGGUUCUUAGGAUGAUCUGCACAAGUUUUAACCUCUUUAUGAAUUUGUUGGCUCUCUUGGCCACAAGCAGUAAAUAGUUGAUACAAUUUGUUGAGGUUGA